UUUAAGGCCAAACCUUGAGUGCCUCAGACGUGGCUCCUGAGUGCCAGGCGCAGCCCGGGGCCAGUGAUCAGUGCCGACUCGGACCUACCCUGCACCUCCUGACGACUCAUAACCCUGCCACUUGAGAACAACCGGGAAUGGACGAGACAAGGAUGAGCAGCGAAGACCAGACGCAGAUGACGGUCUUUCCUCGCGGAGCCUCGUCCCCGCAUCACACCAAGAUCAACUUUUCUGCCGCCGCCAAGAAGCCAGCGACACCCUCCUCUCGCCGACUCCUCAGGACCCCUAAGUGUGCCCGCUGCCGCAACCACGGGGUCGUCUCAUGUCUGAAGGGCCACAAGAAGCUGUGUCGAUGGCGGGACUGUCGCUGCGCCAACUGCCUGCUGGUGGUGGAACGGCAGCGGGUCAUGGCGGCGCAGGUGGCACUAAGGAGACAACAAGCUUCGGAGACUAAGGACCAAGUGGUGUCAACGAUGUCCUCCUCAACCCCCAUCACCACCUCGCCGGCCGCCUCCUCCUCCUCCUCCUCCUCUUCUUCCACCUCCUCCUCUUCGACGGGUGGGGCCAAGGGUCAGCCGGAGGAGUCACCUGCUACCAAGGCUGCCCGUGCCAAGCUGAAGUCCGCCGAGGCACUGCUGGCACAGAAGAGGCUCUACCAGCGGCACCUCAGGUCACUGCAGCAGUCAGCCAUCGCCCGGGACCUCAUGACCAACCUGCGGCAGCGACUGGGUCGGGACUGGCGGGUGCCGCCCUACCUCAGCGAGCGGCAGCGGAAGCGACGCGCCUUUGCCGAUCGUAACCUGGAGUCGGUGAUGCUGCAACGUGAGGCUCUGUUGGCCCAGGCCACUCACCUCCCCGCCCACAUCCCGCCUGAGUGGGUGGGACACGUCACGCUACUGCCAGUCCAUCUGCAGGAGGCGCUGAGGCUCCACCCGCAGCCCGCCCAGGCCCUGCUGCAGCUGGUCGUGGAGGCGUGUGGCGGGGACCAGGCAAGGGCCCUCAGAUACCUGGCCUCGCCACCCCCAGCCGUCCUCACUCACACCCCUCACGACGACGCUUCCAUAGGCACCCAAGAGCUUCCCUCACGCUUCCUGCAGCUGUCCCUCGCCCAACCCUCCCUCCCACUCCCCUCCUCCCACUCCCUCUUCGCCGCCUCCUCUAGCUCCGCCUUCAGGAUUGUUGGCAGGGAUGAGGAGAAUAACUCGCCUUCGCCUCCAGCCACCCGCCCACAGCCCACCGAAAGCCCGCUGUCUAGCAGCCCGAAGAAAAUGAGUCCCUUGAGCUCCCCCGACGCCAUCCCUGCACGGCCCACCAACCCUUUGCUGCUGACGCAAGGCUUGCAGUCACCCACCUCACCCCAGCAUGGCUACCAUCCCGCCUCGCCGACCUUCCCGCCCACACACUGGGGGAUGCCUCUCAACCGUCACCCAUCCCCACCCUCCACGCCCACAGGUGACUUCCGCAUCUCAUCCUUGGCCUCGACCCCGUCCGGUGACCGCCCGAACGUCCACACCACCUGCCCCACCCCAAGGAAAGCCGUUAUAUCCUUCUCGGUGGAGUCUAUCAUUGGGAAGCAGACAUGAGGAUUCACGAGGGUGGCAGUGGCGUGGAACACAGACACAAACCCACCAAGACCCCCAUGCGGCCUCCUGUCGGUCUGCCAAGGACGACCCACAGAGAGGACCGGCUGGGUGCAAUGAAGGAGUGGGAUAAAUAGGCGCAUCUUCGGGCAGAAUGAGACGAGCCUCGGGGAGGACACGGUAACUAGGGACGAUGGGACGACUCACUCCUGGGGCCGUCCAUGCAGCUGCGCCAUCAUGCAAUUAAGUUUUUUUUUUCUCCUUUUGCGGCAGCGGCGGCCACACGAGGCCCAGUCAGUGGCGUAUUAGGUGCUUCCGCUCCCUCCCAUUUCCUCCCGUCUCCAAGGCCUGCCUUCAUCUCUGCUGGCCCUGAUUUUUUUACUACAAUUUUACGUUUCCUAUAUUAUUUUAGGAUGCGUUUAUUUUCUUCUCAAACAGUUAUUUUCUGUUGCUUCUGUCUUUUUUGCUGCCACUUCCUCCAAAUCGUUUCUUCACGUCCACGUCUUGAUUUCUUUUCACCAGAUCACACUUGCCCAGUAUUUUCAGGAUAGCUUAGGUCCUUCUCUUCAACACAGAUUUCUUUAGGACUGUCUCAAAGUCCCCUUUCAAAUUUCACGUUUUAUUUUUCCAUUUUAAUUCGCCAUUUCUUAAUUUCCUAUUCCCUCUCUUUCUUCCCUCCUCUUCAUCACCCCAAGUCAGUGGAAGUCAUGAAAUUUUAAAACCAACAUCAGUUCUGGGUCAAGGAAGCGCCACGUGGCCUUCAGUUUACCCAAGUGGCCGACCAAAGAAAUAGUACUUAAGUUUUAGGGCAUUUUUUGUGACCAGUUAAUUGAGUAACUCCUAAAAAGCUAAUAAGCAUAAUGAAAACGGGAAGCUCUCAAUUUUGACUAGUUAUAGGACAGUGUGACGAAAUGUAGGUUAUCAAAUGUAUUUAAGAGACGUAUCAAGGUAUCCAUAGGAAUAAAUAUACCAAUUAGCGUUUGACUUUAUUAUAGCAGUAGAAGUGGCGCUUUACUGUGCAAUGUUACCUGUAGGCGUCACUUGUAAGUUCAGAUUUUUAUUUCAUUAUUUUUGUGUCUCCGCUGUUAAUUGAACGCAGGCGUCACUCAUGUGUCGAAUAGAUGUGUGUGUGUGUGUGUGUGUGUGUGUGUACCAAUGUUUUGACGAGGCUUAGGGAAGAGAAGCAUGUGGCUGCGUAUUAUUGUUUUAUACUUGUUAUGAUGACCCAACUCGAGUCUUGAGGCCGAGUUGGCGACGACAAUAAACUGUUCCUCAGUGACUGUGCGUGUUACUGACCGGAACACGGGACGGGGAUGACCUCUGCAAGGGAGAGGCACCGAAAAUCAAGUAAUGGAAAACAAUGAAUACAAACAAACAUCAAGACUGCUCAAGUUCGUCGCUGUUCUGUUCAACUCACUGAUGCAAGAGUUAACUGGUAUCUUCACUCUUCCGUCCCCUUCUCACGUAAAGCAACUUCCUUCCACUGUAUAUUCUCAUUCUUA